CUGGGGCCAGGGCUGCGGCCGGCACACAAUCGGAGGAAACGCGCCGGCUUCGAGCAUUGUUUUGCCGCAGACGCUUGCUUCCUCUGUCCUGCCGCGGGGAUGCUGCUCUCACCAGCACAAAGGGGCUGCAGCAUGGGAGCGCAGCCUCCCCGGCACCCGGCAAGGUGCGGGUGGCACGGGCACAGGUAUGCCACCACGUGGAGUGCCGGCAGCUGAACGGCAGCGGCCCCCUCAGCCUGUGUGAGCUCUGCGACGGCCGCCUCCAUGGCGCCAUGCACUUCGACGGCCACAUUCGCUUUAACCUGCCCCUGCAAGGCUCCAUCCUGGCCCGCAACAUGUCGACGCGCUCGUGCCCCCCACGAACCAGCCCUGUCUCCGAUGUGGAGGAGGAGGAGGAGGGACCAGUGGAUAGCAGAGGGGAGCGGAGGAGCUCGGCGCUGAAGCUGCCCAAAAAGAAGGCUCGGCGUAGGCACACGGACGACCCCAGCAAGGAGUGCUUCACCCUGAAGUUUGACCUCAGCGUUGACAUCGAGGCGGAGAUUGUGCCAGCCCCGAAGAAGAAGUCCCUGGGGGAGGUGCUGCUGCCAGUCUUCGAGAGGAAGGCGAUUGAGCCGAGCAAGGUGGACAUCUACCUGGACCAGUCCCACACACCGCUCUCCCUCCAGUUUGAGGCAUACCGCUUUGGGGGGCACUAUCUGCGGGUGAAAGCUAAGCCCGGGGAUGAGCUGAAGGUGGAGCAGGCGGUGCAGGAUGCCAGGAUGGCCAGCCUGCCCAUCCUGCACCCCGUCAGCACUGCUGUGCUCCUCAGGCCGGUGCCAGAACCAGUGCUGGGACACCGAGAGGGCACUGACAGCCUGGCUCCAGGCCGGCGGAGGAAGAACAUGACGGAGUUCCUGGGGGACGCCAGCAUCCCCAGCCCUGAGCCAGCCCCCCAUGGUGGCAGCUCCCCGUCUGCCAACGGCACCGACACCUGGAAGAACCGCGCCGCCAGCCGCUUCAGCGGCUUCUUCGGCUCUGGCACUGGCACCGGCUCCUUUGGGCGGGAGACUGAGAAGCUGGAGCAGCUGGCGAGCAGGCUGCACGCCUACGGCACCUUCGGGCUGCCCAAGCUGCCGCCCCAGCUCCGCUUCGACCGCGACUCCUGGGAGGAGGAUGGGGACGAGGCCGGGCUGGCGUUGGAGGAUAGCUGGCAGCAGAUCAUCCGGGGCGCUGAGGCCCUGUCGCGCCGGCAGUGCCACCAGCAGGAAGCCAUCUGGGAGCUGCUGCACACCGAGGCCACCUACAUCCGCAAGCUCAAAGUCAUCACUGAUCUCUUCCUCUGCUGCCUGCUGAACCUGCAGGAGUCGGGGCUGCUCUGCGAGGUGGAUGCUGAGCGGCUCUUCAGCAACAUCGGGGAGAUCAUCCGGCUGCACCGUGAGCUGUGGCGUGGUGUCAUGGCCCCAGUGCUGGCCAAGGCGCGCCAGACUGGGGCACUGCUCGACCCCAUCGACUUCCUUGAUGGCUUCAAGAUGUUUGGCUCCCUCUUCAAGCCCUACGUGCGGUACUGCAUGGAGGAGGAGGGCUGCAUGGAGUACAUGCGGGCGCUGCUGCGGGACAGUGAGCUCUUCCGUGCCUACGUGACGUGGGCCGAGAAGCACGAGCAGUGCAGCCGCCUGAAGCUGAGCGACAUGUUGGUGAAGCCCCACCAGCGCCUCACCAAGUACCCGCUGCUCCUCAAGUCCGUGCUGAAGAAGACUGACGACCCGCGAGCCCGUGACGCCAUCACUGCCAUGAUUGGCUCUGUGGAGCACUUCAUCAACCACAUCAACUCGCGGAUGCGGCAGCGGCAGGAGCGGCAGCGCCUGGCUGCCAUCCUUGACCGCAUUGACACCUAUGAGGUGGUGGAGGGCAGCACGGAUGAGGUGGACAAGCUGCUGAAGGAAUUUCUGCGGCUGGACCUGACGGCCCCCAUACCUGGCACGUCCCCAGAGGACACCCGGCAGCUCCUUCUUGAGGGCAGCCUGCGGAUGCGGGAAGGUAAAGAUAGCAAGAUGGACGUCUACUGCUUCCUCUUCACUGACCUCUUCCUCAUCACCAAGCCUCUCAAGAAGGCUGAGCGCACCAAGGUGAUCCGGCAGCCCUUGCUGGUGGACAAAGUGGUUUGCCGGGAGCUCAGGGACCCAGGCUCCUUCCUCCUCAUCUACCUGAAUGAGCUGGGGAGCGCCGUGGCCGCUUACACCUUCCAGGCCAGUGGGCAGCUGCUGUGCCGCAGCUGGGUCGAGGCGGUGCGCAAUGCCCAGAACCUGCUGCAGCAGCUACGGCAGCGCUGGCGCCUGGAGGAGGAGGAAGAGGAGGAGGAUGGCGAGAGUGGUGCCUCAGCUGCCAGUUCACCCACUGUCAUGCGCCAUGGCAGCGCCAGCCCGGACUCGCAGCGGUGCCCCUCUGACGGCUCCACUGAGACCCUCGCCGUGGUGGUGGCAGACGGCGGUGACGAGCUCUCCUCCCCGGACUGGGAUGCGGGGCCCUUUGGCUCGACCUCGGACGGCUCCUCCAUCAGCACCGGCAUCUCCACGGACACCCCCACCUCUGCCGAGACCCCAACCCAGGAGCUGGCCAUGGGCGCCCUACCUGUACCCCUGCCCCAUGGCAUGGCCCCCCCGGCUGGUGGCUGCCGCUCGUCCUCCAUUGACAGCGCCUACGGCACGCUCUCGCCUGCCUCGCUGCGGGACUUUGGCCAGCAGCCGGAGGGGGCGGCUGAGGAGAGACGGGAGCCCCCGCCGACUCCGCGGCCCCCCUCACCCCGGCUGCGUCGCCAGGCGCCCGUGCAGCGCCUGCCCUGCCCGGCCAGAGUGCUCAAGUCCAAGUCAGAAGCCAGCCUGCCCCAGCUCCUGCCCCUCGGCCCCCCAGCCCCCCUCAGCCAGAGCCGCAGCCUCUCUGACCUCUGUGGUGGCCCUCCCCGGACUAGCCAAGCCACCGGCCCCCCGGCUGCCCCUGGCAGCAGCAGCAGCUCCACCUCCGAGCUCUCAGAGCUGGAGGAGUUGGUGGAGAGUCCGGCAUCCCUCCCAGGGGAGCUCAGUCACAACCCCCCGCCCGCUGCCCGCCGCACCCUCUCGGACCCGCAGUCAGCACAGCACCGCAAGCUGACGCUAGCACAGCUCUACCGGAUCCGGACCACGCUGCUGCUCAACUCCACGCUGACUGCCUCGGAGGUCUGAGAGCUGCCGGGGCGGCAAGGAUGGAUGCGUGGCCACACCAAGGAGCUGCUCCCGCUUCUAACUGUAGUGUAACGCCAGGGCUGGGCAGAGCAGGUGCUGGGAUGCCGCGCCAGCGGGGGCACGGAUGGGGAUGCAGACCGGUCCUCUCGGCAAGGACGUGCCUGGGCACGGCGGCGUAGGGCUGCCCACUUCUUCCCAGAGCGGGGACGGACACAGCACAUGGCUCAGGCCAAACCCUUGUCCACAGAGAUGAGGGUUGUCGGUCAGGGCCCAGUUGCCCCAUGGUGUGUCGGGUAGGGGGCCCUGGGGACUCAGGGGGCUGCAGGGUGCUGUGGGGUGGCUCUGGUGGGUGAGGAAGGGAUGAUGAUGUUGGCAGCGGUGAGUGAGGAAGGUGCUGAGAGGGAUGCGGCGCUGGCAGCACGGUGCUGCAGGUGGUGUGGGGAGGAGGCUGGGGCUGGUGGCAGGAGGGCACAGUGCUGGGCUGGGGUCCCAGGGUCUGGCUGGGGCAGAGUUUGCCCUGUGGGGUGAGAUGGAAGGCAGCGCCCGGGGCCGGAGCGUGAGAGCCACGGGGGGACGUGGCAGUGGCCGGAGGGCCGGCUACUGUCCCGUGCUGGGCUGUGCUCCACGUCCCGGCCGAGCAAUAAACCCAGCUGGUGCACGC